CAUGUUGGUUCGGUUUGGAUCCGAUGAUUUGAGACCCGAACCCGGAAUAUAUUAGCUUGUAUUCGAAUCCAUACCAACAUCUUCGCCAACUCUUCCUCCCACACCAGCUUAGAGCAAUGGCGGACCAACUCCAACUGAACCCUAACUCGGUGACCGGAAUCACUGAUUCUUCGGUGCCCUCCGAUGACGACGAACCCUCUCUCAGCUCCCACACUCUCGCCGCUCUCAAAGAAUUCCUCGCCGAGCAGCAGCAUCACUCCGACGCCGGAGGAGGAUCUGAGGUUUCUCUCGUGUCCGAGAAUUGGAAUUUGAGCCAGUUCUGGUACACUCCAGAAACAGCGAAAACCGUGGCCGAGGAAGUUCUCACUCUCUGCGGUGGCGUACACGCUCGCGUUGCCUGCAUUGCUUGCCCUACUCUCUAUGUUUAUCUCAAGCAAAUGAAUCCUAAUGCUACUGUGCAACUUCUUGAGUACGACAAACGUUUUCAGCAAUAUGGAAGUGAUUACACAUUUUAUGACUACAAUCUUCCUGAUGAAAUACCAUCAGAAUUGAAACAUUCCUGCAAAGUUGUAGUUGCAGAUCCUCCUUACUUGAGCCAAGAGUGCUUGGAGAAAGUUGCUGAAACGAUUCGUCUGCUCAUACAACCUGGAGAGUCAUUUGUGCUUCUGCUGACAGGGGAAGUGCAGAAAGAAAGGGCAGCAGAGAUCUUGGGCCUGUAUCCUUGUGGAUUUAGGCCUCAGCAUUCCGGCAAACUUGGAAAUGAGUUUCGGUUGUUCUCUAACUAUGACCCUGAAACGAGACUAGGAGGGUGGGAAAAAUAGGUGUAUGAAGAUGCGGUUGCAUUUAUUAUGACGUUGGGUUGAUUGGAUGAUCUUGUUUGCCACUACAAGGACAUCGAAGUUAUUCUGCCAGAAAUUUUGAUAAAAUAUCAACGUUUCCGUGGAUUGAUAUUAGCCUCUAGGGAACAAGUGUAUUUGAAUUUGAGAUUGCUCUCCAAUAUAUUUUCCAUUUGUCUCGAUUUCUUGUAAGAGGCACAGUUUUGGGUCGUUUUAGAUUAUUACGAGAAAAUUGGUUUCAAUGGACCCAUCAAACCUAUCUUUUCUGAUAUUUGCUUUGACUAUUGUGAAUGACAGCAGCAUGUGCUCUCGAGGCAAUUCCGCUAUGGAAUCUAGUUGUGUGAUUCGGCAA